AUGCCGCCGUGGGGCGCCGCCCUCGCCCUGCUCCUGGCCGCGAUCGCCCUGCUCGGCCUGCUGGCCCCCCGGCUGCUGCGGCGCCUCGGGAGGCGCGCCGUCGGAGCCGGGACCCCGCCGGGGCCCGGGGGCCCGGACGCCGAGGAGGAGGAGGCGGACGGCGGAGGCCCCGCGGACCGGUUCGGCCCCGGGCGCGAGGCGCUGCCCGGCGGCUGCCGGCUCCUGUGCAAGCCGUCGGCGCUGGCGCAGUGCCUGCUGCGCGCCCUGCGGCGCUCGGCGGCGCUGGAGCCGGGCCCGCGCUCCUGGCUCUCGGGGCCCCACCUGCAGACCCUCCGCCACUUCGUGCUGCCGGCCGGGCCGGGCCCCGAGCUGGCCCGCGAGUACCUGCAGCUGGCGGACAACGGGCUGGUGGCCCUGGACUGGGUGGUGGGACCGUGCGCGCGGGGCCGUCGGGUCACCCACGCGGGGGGCCUCCCCGCGGUGCUGCUGGUGAUCCCCAACGCGUGGGGGCGCCUCACGCGCAACGUGCUGGGCCUCUGCCUGCUCGCCCUGGAGCGCGGCUACUACCCCGUCAUCUUCCACCGCCGCGGCCACCACGGCUGCCCGCUGGCCAGCCCCCGGCUGCAGCCUUUCGGGGACCCUUCCGACCUCAAGGAGGCGGUCACCUACAUCCGCUUCCGACACCCCGCGGCGCCGCUGUUCGCCGUGAGCGAGGGCUCGGGCUCGGCGCUGCUGCUGUCCUACCUGGGCGAGUGCGGCUCCUCCAGCUACGUGACCGGGGCCGCCUGCAUCUCGCCGGUGCUGCGCUGCCGCGAGUGGUUUGAGGCCGGCCUGCCCUGGCCCUACGAGCGGGGCUUCCUGCUCCACCAGAAGAUCGCCCUCAGCAGGUACAUGACGGCCCUGGAGGACACAGUGGACACCCACAAGCUGUUCAAAAGUCGCUCCCUGCGAGAGUUUGAGGAGACCCUCUUCUGCCACACCAAGAGCUUCCCCAUCAGCUGGGACGCCUACUGGGACCACAACGACCCCCUCCGGGAUGUGGACGAGGCGGCCGUUCCGGUGCUGUGUAUCCUCAGCGCCGACGACCCCGUGUGCGGGCCCCCAGACCACUUCCUGCCCACGGAACUCUUCCGCAGCAACCCCUACUUCUUCCUCCUGCUCAGCCGCCACGGCGGCCACUGCGGCUUCCUGCGCCAGGACUCCCUGCCAGCGUGGAGCCACGAGGUCAUCCUGGAGUCCUUCCGGGCCUUGACGGACUUCUUCCGAACAGAAGAGAGGAUGAAAGGGCUGAGCAAGCACCGGGGCUCGUUCCUAGGCGGCCGGCGUCGCUGGGGAACCCUGCAGAAGCGGGAGGCCUCUUCCUCUUCCAGCCUGGAUGAGAUCUUCAGCUGGAAGCGAUCGUACACCAGGUGA